CAAUCUGACAGUCCAUGACCGCAAAGUUGUGCAGAGGCACAACGAAGUCGUCGUCUGGUGAUUAUUGAUUGCGCAAUUACGAAAAAUGCCGUUUUACCAAUAUAAUUCAUUCACUGGCAAGCUGAAGCCGUCCACCAAUUUUCAGCCACUAUAUCCUAUUUCUCCUCUUCCUUUACAGAAAUCAGAGCCAGUAAUAAUAUAUGAUUCAAUCAACACAAAACCUUUGACGGUUACGCCCAAAUCAGGUUAUUGCACUGAUAAACCAGCCACCCUUAGCCCAAAAAUGUGGGCAAAGUACAAGUAUUUUGGGAAAACAUUGCAAAAGGAUAUACCAGUAUACUUGUCAACUGGCAGAAGAGACAAGAUAAUAUUCGGGGCUAUAGUUACAUCCAUCGGUUUUUGUACACUUAACUCAAUUUAUUUUGCUGUAAAGAACAGCUUUUUUGGUGACUAAGCGGAUAUUAUGUAGAUAAUAAA